AUGGCGGCUCAAGACUAUGUGGGCCGAAUCAAUAAAGAAGCCUUCCUGUCGGCUUUUUUGGGACUUGCUAUUGCCGGGGUGAUUGACCAUUUCAUGGUCCGAUUUGCCGUGCAGAAGCAGUGCUUCCAGAUCGAUGAUGGACUGCUCGUGAUGGCUUUUGUGUUCCUCCUGGCAAGCCAGAAUAUCAUUUGUACCAUUGCUGUGCACCAGAUAAUUUUGAUGACUGCCAUCCAGGAUGGACUAGCUGGUGUUGAAAUUCCUUCGAAUGUGCUGGAAAUUGCAGAGGUCUGUCAUAGAUAG